AUGGCAAUUCUCAUUGGCCUGAUUCUUGUGACAUUGGUGAUAGGAACGAUGGUGAUUCUUCUGGCCACAUUAUUUGAAAACAUAGGUCUCAUGAAGUAUGAAAAAAUAUUUUCAAUUGUGGCAACAUUUUACAUUGCACAACCAGUUUCAGAUGAAAAUGUUACAGUGAUUGACACAGACUUCAGUAACAUCCCUGUUCGUCUGCAUGUGCCAAAGAGGAAGUCAGAGAGAAAGAGACCAGCUAUUAUUUUCAUUCAUGGUGGUAUCUUUGUCUUCGGAAGUUGCAAGAUAACAGCUCAUGACAACAUGAACAGACUCAUAUCAAACAAGAUUGAUGCUGUCGUUUUAGGAAUAGAAUACAGACUUGCUCCCAAGUAUCUAUUCCCAGCUGCCCUUGAAGACUGUGUUUCUGCAACCAAGUUCUUUCUCCAGGAGAAAGUUCUUGCAAAAUACAGAGUGGAUCCCUCACGCAUCUGCAUUAUGGGAGAGAGUUCUGGGGGUGCCUUGGCAGCAGCAUUGACUCAACUGCUACGGAGUGAUCCAGAAUUCAAAAAUAGAAUCAAGGCACAAGCCUUAAUAUACCCCGGCCUACAGUUGGUUGACACCUUCCUGCCAUCUCAUCGAGAGUAUCCACAUGGUCCAAUCCUGCACAGGGAGAUGAUGUUCAAGUUGGCGUCUCUAUAUGUAACUAAAGACUCAUCAAUGAUCCAGGCCUUACUGAGGAACGAGCACAUGCCUGAAGAAUCGAGACACGUGUUCAAGUUUGUUAACUGGAGUAACUUCCUUCCUGAGAAGUACAAAAAGAACUAUGUUUACACUGAACCAGUUCUUGGGAAGGUGAAUGCUUCCUACCCAGUGCUUAUGGAUAGCAGGCUGUUUCCUUUGCUAGCUAAUGACUCCCAGUUACAGAGUUUGCCACUAACUUAUAUCCUCACUUGCGAACAUGAUCUCUUAAGAGAUGAUAGUUUCAUUUACAUCGCUCGACUUAGAAAUGUUGGAGUUCAAGUUUUUCACGACCACAUGGAGGAAGGAAUUCAUGGAGCUCUAUCCUUCACUAUGGGUACCAUGGCUUUAAAUCUAGGAUUUAAAAUAAGAGAUAAGUAUAUUCAUUGGUUAGAGGAAAACCUAUGA